UGGACGCGCGAUCCCGGCGCCCUCCGCGGUGACGUACGGUGCCGGGGCCGCGCUCGGGCGCCGUAGCCGCUAUUAUGGCGUCUGGGGCGCGGGCUGAGGAGAGGCGGCCGUAGUCUCCGUAGGGCGAGGCGCUGGCGGCCGGGCAUGGAGCGCGGCCCCACGAGCCCGCAGCCGCUGGGACACGGGGUGGCGACCACACCAGCGCCGGAGGACCGACAAGAGAACCGGCUUGCAGCGGCAGACGGUCCCGGGGCGCGGGCGACGGAGAGCGGCGGCGCGGGCGGGCAGGGGGCGGCGGCCGGCACGGGGAGCUUCUUCGACCCCGCGUCUCCCGCGGGCUCCUCCUCCUCCACCUCCUCCUCCUCGGCCGUCCCGGGCGCCGACUCGAGGGAGCCCGCAGAGGAGAGCGCGGCGGCGCCGGCGGGAGGGCGGCGGGAGGUGACCGCCCGGCCAGAGCCAGCUGCGGCCGGGGACGCGCGCACCUGCCCCGAGGAGCCCCGCCGUGCCCGCGGCGCCUGCAGCAGCGCCAGCGACCCGAGCCCGCCCGAGGACUCGCCGAGCCUAGAUUCCCUGGAGUCCUUCUCCAACCUGCACUCUUUCCCCAGCAGCUCCGAGUUCAACAGUGAGGAGGGCGCGGAGAGCCGGAUCCCCGAGGAGGGGCAGGAGGGCGCGGCGGGGGCGCCCGGGGCUGCGCCUCUGUGCCGGGGGGGGAGGACGAAGACGACGCCGCACUGGGGCCAGCGGCCACCAAGGAGCGCUUCCCCGGGCAGUCGUGUGUAUCACAUCAAGUGGAUCCAGUGGAAGGAAGAGAACACACCCAUCAUCACCCAGAAUGAGAACGGGCCCUGCCCUUUGCUGGCCAUCCUCAAUGUUUUGCUUCUGGCCUGGAAGGUGAAACUCCCCCCAAUGAUGGAAAUCAUCACUGCUGAGCAGCUGAUGGAAUAUUUAGCCUUGACCUGGUCUCAAUACACAAGGUUGGAAGACAGAGAAGAGUAUAGCUGACCCGCCUGGAAGGCAGAGAAGCAAGCGAGCACAGCUGUCACUGACAGGCAGCAAGCACACUCGGGCAGUGUCACUGUCUCGUGAUCAGGAACAACCAAAGACGCACCACCAGUCCUAAUGCUUGGCACAGCGUGGGGACGAAAGGCCCACUUGUGCUCCUUCAAUCUGCUCCAGAAACAAAACCACUGUGUGAAACUAUUAAUCUCAUCUUAUAAUAUCUACAUUUAAAGCCCAGAGGGCAGAGACUGAGAUGAAACCUUUGGCUCACCAUUUGUGCUUCUUUUGUUUUCUAGAUUGAUGUGUGGAGUCACCAGUCUACCAUAAAACAAUUUUGCUUCAGGAUCUUGGCAUUCUUCCCUUGACCUACAGCAAGACACAGCUUUAGCUCCUAACAAGCAAAGAAAGAAAACAAGCUGGGCGUGUUGGUGCGUGCCUGCAAUCGCAGCAUUCUGGAAGGCUGAAGCAUGAGGACUGUGAGUUUCAGCCCACCCUGGGCAAUUCAGCACCUCAUCAACAAUUUAUGAAAAGUUAAAUGGAAGAAUUAGUGUAUAGAUGAAAGAACAAUAAUGAGAAUAAAUGAAUUUUCCAUAGGGAGUGGUCAGCUGUAGUUCUCAACCUUUUCUAUCCCUCUGUCCCCUGAGUAGCCGGGAAUGCAGGUGUUUGCUGGGGCUAUAGCUAAGACCAGAAGCCCUAGGUCCAAUCCUUAGUACUACAAAAAGAAAAUGGGGAAAAGAACUCCCUACCGAAAAGGAGGAUAGGCUACGUAUCUCCAGCAUCUUCAGUUAAAACACUGCAUUCGUUCUACAAAAAUGCUAAUGCUAACACGACGGUUAGGUCUUAUAAUACUUUAUGUCCUCUAUCAAAAUGUACACUAUAGGUUCCACAUAAGUUUUUUUGUGUGUACAGUACAUUGGCCUCAAAUCUGUAACAUUCUUUCCCCCCCACCAAAAAGAAAAGUAUAAGAAAGUAGUGACCAUUUUUACAUUAAUACUUUUUUUUUUUGGUACCGGGGAUUGAACUCACGAUCUUGCACUUGCCACGCAAGCACUUAUGCUGCUGAGCUAAAUCCCCAGCCCUGUUUUUACAUUAAUACUCUUACAUAUAUAAAAAUAUUAAGGCAGGCUAGGUAUGGUGGCGCACACCUGAAACCUCAGCACUCAAGAGGCUGCUGCAGAGAGCUGCCGAGUUUGAGGCCAGCCUAGGCUAGUGAAUUUAAAGCCAGCCUGAAGAACAUGGGAGAGAGACCCUGUCUUAAAUAAAUAAAUAAAUAUAUAUAUAUAUAUAUAUUUUUUUUUUUUAAACCCUAAACUUCUCAAUACUUUUAUCUCUCGCCUCUUUAAUUACUGAUUUUGGUAAUUAUUUUGCAAAAAUGGAAAAUAAUGAAGGUUCAAUUUUCACCUACCUCACUGCGUUGUCUCUGAAAUUUCCUUGUUCUGUUCCUCCAGAAACCCAGAUUGUUCAUUUCUUGUGAAGAGAACCACCUAAGUCUUAGGAUUCUGUAUUACUCUGAUUUUUUGGCAAUGUUGUAGCCAUAUUUGUUCUUCUUGGCAAAAUCUUUCCUAUUCAAUAUGCUCCUUGAUGCUACUGUAUUACCCAAGGUAACUGACCAAUUUCUAAAAUUCUAGACUCUCGUCCUUGUUGGGAGCCGCGUCUGUGAUAGCUCGCCUUGCGCGGCGGACGUGCGGCCUGUGGUAAAGAGCAAAGCCUGAGGUAGAUUACCCCUCCCAUCGAGCACGUUAGUUUCCUGCUUACCGCGUAAGCAACCCGCUCAACAAUAUAGUCUGCCUGGCAACUGAUGAUGUUAGCCAAUCAGCUUGCCUUGCUCACUUUAACAUGAUUGGACACUGUAUCCGUAUAUAUACUGGUGCCACCCCUGGGGGGGAAGAAGAAGCCCGGAAGUAGAAGCCCAGAAGGAGCCGCGGGGAGCGGACCAGAGGAGGCUUCAGCUGGGAGAACCCAGGGCAGGCUGUACAGAAAAGAAAAAUAAAAAAAAAAGGUUGUCCACUA